AUGAGCUCCAUGACGCCCGUACCCCAUGAGGGACGACAACUCCAGCGACACGAUGACCUCCUCCCUCCGCCCUCUCGGGACACACCUUUGCAUUUCUCUCGCCAGUCUCCCAUGGAAACCUCAGGCUCGUUGGACCAGCCAACAAACUCCCCAGUGCCCCAGCGUCGUUUGGCAUUGCCCGAUCCCCUGGCCUUCCGGUUCCUUGAAGAAGAUGCCUGCACAAACGUCGUCGAACGGCGCCGUGUUCUUGGUGGCUAUGAGUUAUACUUGGUUGAGCAGUGGGCUUGCUCUCGCCAAUCACCCAUCAUCACCGUCGCCACGUUUACAGGAGACGAAAGGCACUCUAUAGUUGUGGGUAUCAUGUCCAUUCCCAAAGACCAAGCGCUUUGGUCUGCGAGACUAAGAUUGUACUUCAAAAUCUCCAGCCAGCACAAUGCUCGUCCUAAGGAGACCGAGCUGGGAGAGUUGAUGAUCACCAACUUGAGCAGCUUUCCAUCUGCCCUCACAGUCAUUGCAGUUCCCCAAGGGGAUGUGCGCAGGUACCGGCACAUGUUCAUCGUCAAUGAGGAUCUCAAACGACUUGGCUGCUCUGGCCGUUCCGGCUUAGCUCUGACAGAUCCCACCGAGGCAACCCAGGCCAAGUUUCAUCAGCUCUACAAGACGAGCGACCACAUCCCCAUCGCGCAAUCUGUGACGGAGCUCGUGAAGCUCUGUCAAAUCGCGCUGUACAUGUUUGAAAAACUGGACUACCAAUAUAUCGACGGCUUGAUUUGCGACGUCACCGAGAGGGCGAUAGGCAAUUGGUGGACAGAACUCGGAGCCGAGCAUUACAACUUUGAGCCAACCGACGGUAUACUAGGGCCGUCGACCGUAUCCGCUCUGUUGGGCAUGUUGAUGGGAGCAAGGAACCGUCUCCACUGGUUCGGCGCCCCGGUUUCAAAGGACGUCUUUGACGUUGAGGCGACGAAACGAGGGAUUGCCUAUUUUCAAAAGCAGCAGAAACUAGAGAAAUCGAGGCGUCUUGACCGCCAGACCGUCUUCCGGCUGCACACCGCCACGGCCAAAGGGGCUGCUGGUGAGGGAUGGGGCGUGCAGAGAGCCGUCAAAUCUACCGUGACGGAAAUUGGGGGCAAGAAGGGAGAAAUCGUCAUGGAUAUGGUCUCCGGAAAAGGCAAGGGCGGCCUUGCGGACGUUGAAACGUUGGACAUUGAUGUCUUGGUCAACUUGGCCUACGGUGACCGGCCACGGUGGUUAUGGCACGCAAAGGCUCGGAGGUGCGCCAACGACUCUUUCGGCACUGGCGACCAAGAUGUGGGAAGCGCCCUCCUCGUGAAAGGCGACCCCGGCAACCCCACCCCGAAGCGAGUGUCCUCCCACCCUUUGGACGAAGAGCAGGAGAUGAGGCGGAAGGAGGAGGGCUGGACGGGUCUACGCUCGGGCUUUCCGUCGGGAUCGGUAAACACGGCAGCAGACCCCCCCCCUGGCGAGAGGGACGCCCUCCGGAAGGGUGUGUUUAAAAGUGUGACUGACAAAAUGAGCGAUGCGCGGUCUGGUCUUGGCCGGAUCAAGGAUGUAGUAGGGGGUAAUCGACGGGGACACUUGAGCAAACUUUCAAUCUCUACCAAGGAGGAGGUUUCGGACGGUGGGAACGCGGGCGCUCCGUCGGCACCAUCAGCGCAAAGUUCGGCCAUGGUCCCCAGCGCUCCCGUGGUUGGCAGGGCUUUCACGUGGAAAAACAAGCCGGGGGAAUAUCUUGCAGCCAUCAGGGAUGACGAGGACGCCCUUCCGGGGCGCGGCGGCGAGGCCAAACACGUUGCCGCAUCAGUCAGUGACUCGAGAGUGGAUGACAAGUCCGGAGACGAGCUGCUGCCCGCAACGGAACUGGAGCACGGCGCGAGCUGCGUCAGUUCCGGCGUGCACAAGGACAGCAGCCCCAAAGCGUCUUCUGCUGGCCCAUCCCUGCCCAACGACGGCGACUUGCCCGGCCAAGAGCCGCGCAGGGAGCGCAAAACAAGCAGCGAUGCUGCCACCGUCACCAUGGCUCGCCGGCAUAGCCUCGACACAGCCGACGCCACCAUCAAGCAGGCCGCAAACGAGAUGCGGUGGCCACGCCGAAUGUCCUUUGGCGACGCAGAAGAGGCCAUCCUGACGUGGGAGGAGGUCGUCGACGUUACCGACUCGGCAGAGUAUGCCGCCUGCAUGGAGGCUCACGCCGGAGCGGCCAGCCAUCUGCACCACCUGAUGGAGGAGGUUGUCAGCAACGUCGGGCCUUGGACCGAGGAAAAGAUCAGGGCUGUGGAAUUUUUGGACGAGCGGUACGCGCGGGACAGGGCCGAGCUGCAGGGACUGUAUCAGCAGCUCAGCGAGGCCUGCCAGCGAGUGCGAUACAGCUCGGACGAGCUGCUCAGCGAGCAGCGCGACAGCUUGACCGAGAGCGUCAAGGAGAUUGAAGUGCUCGUCGCGCGGGUCGAGUACGAAAUCAACGGUCUCGCCCAAAAAGUCCACGAUGUGGAGGACAGCAUCCAAGCCUUUGAAAGGCAGGUGGACCACGUGGAGGGGAGAGCAGCAGAGCUCAAGGUGGCGCUCGAGUCGGAGAGCUGGCUUCAUUGGCUCGUCCGAACGCUCACAGGAGUCGGCACAGGACCCAACAUAACUCGGGGCCUGUGA